AGAAGAAGAAGAAGAAGAAGGUGCCUUUUCUGAUGCGACUACUCUUGAGUCCUCUUCUACCUCAGAGGAAGAGCAAGAGAAGAGAACUGGUGGUAAAUUUGUUUCACGUGUUACUUCACUUCCGAUUGUACAGGACGGUGUUUCAACCGUUCAAGCAAUGGCCAAUAAAACAAGCUUAGGUCGAUUUGCUUUAUCGACAGCCAACUCUACUUUAUCAACUGUAAGCAAGUACCAGCCCAAAUAUGUUCAAUCUUAUUAUCAAAGUUACAUUCAGCCUCAUAUUGAAAGAGCAGACGAACUAGGUUGCCGCUCACUCGACUUGAUUCAAACCAAAUUUCCUGUUGUCAACCAGCCUACAUCUGAGCUUGUCAGAAGCGUUACAGGUCCUUCUUACCAGAUUGUAGAUGGUGUCAAAAUAAGAAUUUAUAGCUCUAUCAAACAGCCUGCUACACAUGUAGCUCAAGAGGCUAAUAAACGAUUGGGCAGUGUUGUUGAUAACGUUGAGGCUGUAAUUGAUCGUUAUCUCCCUAAAAUUCAGGAAACAAAACGGGAACAAGAAGUUCAAGAAGUAAACCAGGCUGUUCGUGCUUACUACCUCUUUAAUGAUGCUACACUUCGAUUCAGUCAGACGGUUUCUGAACAAGUCAGAGCUACCGCUGCUCAGCUGCCUCGUUCCUGUGACAAUUUGGCUCGUAUCGCCUCUGGUCAAAACUUGCUUGAUAAGGCAACAGCCAAUAUUCAAAAUUUGCAAAGCACGCUCGUAGAGUCUGUCAAGUUAUGCACACAGUCUGCUCAAAGCCAUCUUCCUCCUUCUGUCAACCAACGUCUUCAAGACCUUCAAGCAACCUCACACGAGCGAUUACAAUUGUUGACUCAGCAGGUCUCUAUUCAACUUUCUCAAGUCACAGAGUUUCUCAAGGUUCAAUCUUCUCCUGAAUGGCUCAAAUCGCGUGUUACUUCUCUAGUUGAUAUUGCCAACAAACAAGUUGAAUUGGUUCAUAGUCAAUAUACUCGGAACGAUAUUUCUGCUUUGGAAAAAGCUAAGAAUGUCGCUCAAGGACUUCAGCAACAAGUUUUGCCCAUUUUGAAAACCGUUCAAGCUCAGUUGACUUAUUAUUCUGAAGUUGCUCGUCAGAAGGCCUCUCAAGAUCUCAGAGUUCCUUUUGAAUAUCUCGGUUUAGAUCAUGCUCCUAAGGUAGCUACAGCUUAAUGAUCUUUUUUAUUUUUUUACAGAGCGUAGGCUUACUAUAAACACAAAACCAAAAAAAAAAAAAAAAAA